GGAGGCGCCGGGCGGAGCUCCGCGCUGUGCGUGUGCCACACGGCCGGGCCGGGCCCGGAAGGCGACGCGCGGGGGCGGAGCGGGGUUCAGCCGCGGGGUCGGGGUCGGUGCCGGCGGAGCGCCCGGAGCUGAGGCUCGGAGGCGGCGGCGGUGACUGAAAGAUUCAGAUAUGUCCUUCAUAUUUGAUUGGAUUUACAGUGGUUUCAGUAGUGUAUUACAGUUUUUAGGACUGUACAAGAAAUCAGGCAAACUAGUUUUUCUUGGACUGGACAAUGCUGGAAAAACUACACUGCUGCACAUGCUCAAAGAUGACAGACUGGGACAGCAUGUCCCCACACUACACCCCACUUCAGAAGAGCUGACAAUUGCUGGUAUGACUUUCACUACUUUUGAUCUGGGUGGACAUGCUCAAGCUCGCAGAGUGUGGAAAAACUAUCUGCCUGCUAUUAAUGGCAUUGUGUUCUUGGUGGACUGUGCAGAUCAUGACAGACUGCUUGAAUCAAAAGAAGAGCUCGAUUCACUAAUGACAGAUGAAACUAUUGCUAAUGUGCCUAUCCUAAUCCUUGGUAACAAGAUUGACAGACCUGAAGCCAUCAGUGAAGAGAGGUUACGAGAGAUGUUUGGUCUGUAUGGCCAGACAACAGGAAAGGGCAAUAUACCAUUGAAAGAACUGAAUGCAAGGCCACUAGAAGUGUUCAUGUGCAGCGUGCUAAAGAGACAAGGCUAUGGAGAAGGAUUCCGUUGGAUGGCACAGUACAUUGAUUAAUGCCAAGAUCACAUUAGUACAUCCUGUCCCAUGUCUGAAUAUUAAGUCUGCUCCUUAUUUGAUCACUCAGUGUACGCAACUUGGAUUCAUUUGACUGUUUAGUUAUAAAAGCAUACAUUUUUACAUAAUUAUAUCUCCUAUGCUAAAUUGUAAGUGUGAGGAUUGAGAAAUUCUUUCAAGCAAGUUUGUAAGUUUAAGUACCACAACAUGUUAGCUUUCUAAUCCCAUGCAACAUUCUUUUGCAACUUUUAAUUUAACGAGUCUCCAGCACCAUUUUUGGACAGAGCAACUUUCCAGUACAGUAUGUUUGAAUGCACUUUUUAACAGCUAAAAACUGCAAACGUGUGAAAAAUAUUUAAUGCUUAUCAUGUUAAAUUUUUUUAUGUACUUUUUUGAAACUGGUUUUAUAACUUUAGAGUAUAUAACCAUCUUUCAAGGAAUAAUAAUAAAUAAUUAGCUGAUGGAUAAUUGCAUGAUGCCUUACAGUUUUCAAUAAUAUACUUUCUUAUGCAACGUCAUGCAAUAAAUUUAAAUCCAGUUUUUUGGCAACUUUAAUGGAAAAUGUUUCAUUUUAAUGUGUCUUAACUAGUGAGGCCGUCUGACGAUCUGUAUAUGGGGGAUGUUUUCCUGUAGCACAGAAGGCCACAAAGUACUUUCAUUGUAUAUUAAAGAGUAAGGUGUUUCCUUCAGACUACCAAAUUGCUUUUCCUUUAGGAUUUUACAUUAACAGAAGACAACUCUAAUCUGAUGCCCUUAUAACUACCACCUUUAAAAAGUACAGAUCAUGGAAAUCAGUUGUGCCAAUGUAGAUCUUGAACUAAUGUAAAAAGUGGUCUUACUCUGCUGGUACCUUGACUUACACCCCUGGAAUGACACAAAAAUUACAAUUUUUACUGAAGAAAUUAAUAAGAUUAGUACUACACUAAAUUAUUCUGUUCUCGGCUUAAUUAGAUUUGGAUUCUGACAGAAGAUUUGCCUGUGACAUUGCCAGAAAAAAAAAUUUGCUACUGUUGCUUGUGAAAAUUUAUCAGCCCACACCUAACUGAACAAUUUUUGGUGUUCUGAGUUGGAACAAGAUGGAUUGUUUUCUGCAGUUUUGCCCUGAAGCUGAGUCAGAAUGGCAGUUGUUGGGUGCCCACGUGGCUUGUUUCUGGGGUAAAAUUUCAUUAUCUUCAGUGCUUGUUUCCAGACUUUUGCCUGUUUUUCCCCAUCUCCCAGUGCAUUAGCUCCCUGAGCAGGUUGUUUUCUAAGAAGGAGCGGUGACGUGCAUAAAUUUAUUGACUUUUUGUUGACACUAGCUGACAUUGCCAUGGAACUGAGAUUUGCGUUUCUGUGCGCAGCAGGAUGCUUUCUUCUGGGAUGUAGCUAAUGAAGGUAGGGCUUCAGCCCUGGAAUCGUUGUUUCACUGCAGUGGGUUUGGGUUUCACUGUGUAAUGUGUUUCACCCUUGUGCUUUCACUUUUCACAUGGGUGAAAAGUGUGAACUGCUACAAGUGUUCUUAACAGAAUCCCAGGGCUGGGACUACUUUUACUCACUGUUGUAGAUCUUCUCUAAAAUGCUUUAGGCCCCGUUUCUUCAAAAUCCAUAGCAGCAAACAAAUUUCUGUCUCUCUUGGUUUCAUUAACAAUUUUCUCUCUUGACCUAACGAGUUUGAAUCUCAGAUUUAAAGCCUACGGACUUUAAAUGUGAGCCUAUAGUCUCUAAAUAGGCACAUGGCGAAUAAAAGAGCUGUACUCCUUGCCCAAAUCAGGGCUUGUGUGAUUAAAUAAUGAUGAUCUUUUCCCCUCGGUCCAAGGUUGUGCAUCUGAAUAAGAUGAACAAUCCAUAACCUAACUAAUAUAGGUGAUAGCUGGCACUAGUUACAGCACAAUCUUGCAAAACGUUAAGCCUAGUUUGUGCAUGGUGGAGUACAGAAGUGAGGCUGUCAGGUAGAUUGACCAGCAUGAGUUAAUUCUGCAUUUAAACUAGGGCUCUGCUGCAGAGUAGUGCCUCCAUGUUGCGUAAGUCAAACUGUAGAUAAGAAAUGUCAUCUUACAGGUGUGUGGACAACAUGCGAGUCUUUGCUCCUUCCAGCAGUUACAUAUGGGGAACGUGCCUCUUUCCCCCCCCCUAGAUUUUUCUGACAAUGGUUAUCAUGCAACAGUGUAAAUAUUAAAAAUACUUCUUGCAGUCAUGUAGCGUUGUUGAUGGGGGAGACUUGGGAUUGUGCUGCCUGUGUUGAUGGAGAUGAAGCUGGAAGUGGAGGUGUGCUGCUCUUGUGCUCCUCUCUGGAGUGAGGAGUGUGCACAGAGACUGCUUCCAUAGGCUGAGCCAUUCCACAGGCAUUAGAAGAGAGAGGGGUCCUCUUCAGCUGCCACUCAACCAGCUGUGAAUAAGAUGAGCUGUAAGGGGAGGGAUGGUAGUCUUAAGAGCUUAAAAAAAGAACAGAGGUGAUGCUGCUUUAAAAGUGUGUGCGAAGGGUAAUUCUUAGUGUUAAGGAAAUGCUCCUAUUUCAUGUUUCAUACUGUGAGAUGCUAGUUUAAAUGUGGUUGUAAUAAGGGCAUGAAGAAAUUUGGACUUUUUGUUUUCUGUCUGGGUAUUGUAAUGGUUCCCACUGUGGGAACAGCUGGGCAGCAGUCAGUUAGACACACCAAUAGUCUCACUGUUCAUUCAGGAGAGGAAAUAUUUCCUCUGUAGUUUACAUUCUGUUGUGCACAUGAAUGUGAAUGGGUGUUGUGUAUCUUUGUGUGAAGACUUUAUUAAUAGAAAAAUAUACUCGUGAGAGUUUUUCUGGUGGUUUUCAUCCCCACCAACCCUACAUCUCCCGUACCUUUAUUUCUGGAGGUUGCUUAUUCCUAUGAUUGUGACCAGUCUUAUAAAAGAAGCAACCUUCGCAUCUGGAUCUGACUCCUAUGAAUUAUUUUUGCACUCUUGACUAUGCAGAUUUCAAUUUAGCAUCACAUUAAAGAAUGUGAAAAAGAAAACUCAUUAAUAAAUGUGUUGUUUGUGGAGAGUCUCAAAUUUGUUUUUACACCACAACUUUAAGAUAAAUGAGUGCGGAUUACUAAGAUAUUAAUAACUACUACAGAUGAAACGGCCCUUGUUUCACUGCGGUGACCCCCUAUGGUAGCAUCUGUGAGUUGAAUAAGAUUUAUUUUGCUUGGAUUUAAUUAGACACUGGUGUUGGUAUGUACUGUGUAACUGAGGGGUGCUGCUGUAUUUCGGUCUUGGUUCAUUAAAUUUUUUUAGCGACAAUUAUGGGCAUUGGAGGUGGGGAAGAUCUUUGACUGUUCUCAUUUAUCCUCGUCCAGACCAAGACUAUUUCAUGAAGUGUAUUAUCUAAUGCUGUGUUCAGUGUUCAGGUGCUGUCUACGAUGUGCCAAAGAUGACCUAUGGCAUUCACUGGAAUAUAAUACCUGCAUGUAUGUGAGCUUUGUUGUGUUUUAAUAAUUGGAAUUCAGCAGCAAAUAGAGCAUCUGACAUCUGCUUAUUUGUAACUCAACUCAGAAAAACGACAUUGUUGUUCUUCAGUCCCAGUGAAUUCACAGGUCUGCUUCGAGUAGAAUUGUUCUCUCUGGUUUGUACUGUCAGCGUAUUUAGUUGUCACCAACCCAAGUCCAACAUUUCUGUCGGCUACAACAUGCUUGAAUUUAGUGUCAAUAAUGUAACCUUUAGUUACGGGCUUACGAGACGCAUUACAGACAGCCGAGUCCGCUGGCUGUCGGUGGGGACGUGUCAUUUAUUUGCACUUAGAUAAACCACUUUUGCACUAGUAUCUCAGCGUGGAACUAAGCAUUUUCUGUUUUGAAAUGUGAGUGCUCUAAGUGUUUAAAAGCAUAAUUUAUAUAAUAAACCGCAGAGGAAAAACUAAA